UGGGCAGCGCAGAGAUUUUUGUUGAGUAGUACGGGAGUUGCAUUUAUGAAACCACACGCUUGAACAGAUAGCAAGCGCCUCAUACACGCUGCAAGCCAUAUUCACACACUGUCCACGAUCCGAGUGUUUCUUGGUGGUGGAAAGGAGGAAGAGUACGCAUUAUCUAGUCAUUAAUUUUCCCCUUAUUUUUUAUUUUGUGGGGACGGAAGAGCAGAGCGGAAUAUUAGGGUCGGUUUCGUGGACUUGUCGGAGCGAUGUCGGAGUUUCUGGUGAAUCUACUCGGAGAGCGGCUUGUCAACAGCGAGAAAGCCGAAGUAGACGUGCAGGCGCUGGGCAGCAAGCUGUCCUUGGUCGGGCUCUACUUCGGCUGUAGUCUGAAUGGCCCUUGCAAACAGUUCAACGCCAGUCUAUGUGAGUUUUACAGCAAGUUCAAAAAAUCAUCGGAACACAAAGACAAACUGGAAAUCGUCUUCGUCUCAUCCGACCAGGACCAGAAACAUUGGCAGGACUUCUUACAGGAGAUGCAAUGGCCGGCGUUGCCUUUUAAAGACAAGCACAGGAAGAUGAAGCUGUGGAAUAAGUAUAAAGUGACCAGUAUCCCGUCCCUGGUGUUUGUGGAUGCUGCCACAGGAAAGGUUGUCUGCAGAAACGGUCUGCUGGUGGUCCGGGAUGACCCCAAAGGCCUAGAGUUUCCAUGGGGACCCAAACCGUUUGUGGAGGUGGUGGCGGGGCCCCUGCUCCGGAACGGCGGGCAGACGAUAGAGAGCAGCUCCCUGGAGGGCUCGUACGUGGGGGUGUACUUCUCAGCCCACUGGUGCCCUCCCUGCCGCAGCCUGACGCGGGUGCUGGUGGAGUCCUACAGGACGGUGAAGGAGUCGGGCCAGAAGUUUGAGAUUGUGUUCAUCAGCGCAGACAGGUCAGAAGAGUCCUUUAAGCAGUACUUCAGCGAGAUGCCCUGGGUGGCGGUUCCAUACGCUGACGAGGCCCGCCGGUCACGCCUCAACAGGCUGUACGGAAUACAAGGCAUCCCCACCCUCAUUCUGCUGGACACGGAGGGUCACAUGAUCACGCGGCAGGGCCGGGUGGAGGUGCUGAAUGACCCGGAGUGCCGGCUCUUCCCCUGGCACCCCCGGCCCGUCCUGGAGCUGAGCGAGUCCAACGCCGUGCAGCUCAACGAGGGGCCCUGCCUUGUGCUGUUCGUGGACGCAGAGGAGGAGGGCGAGCUGGAGGCAGCCAAGGGGCUCAUCCAGCCCAUAGCGGAGAAGAUCAUGGCCAAACACAAGGCCAAGGAGGAGGAGACACCUCUGCUGUUCUUUGUGGCUGGAGAGGACGACAUGAGUGACUCGCUGCGCGAUUACACCAACCUGCCAGAGGCGGCGCCUCUCCUCACCAUCCUGGACAUGUCCGCCCGUGCCAAGUACGUCCGCGACGUGGAGGAGAUCACGCCCGCCGUGGUGGAGCAGUUCGUGAGCGACUUCCUGGCAGAGGCGCUCAAACCCGAGCCCAUCUAGUGCAGAAGCGGAGGGAAGGAGAGUUUUCAGUUGGACUGCAACCCAUUCCUCCCCCACCCGCCAUCCCCGCUCCAGAAUCCUCUUCCUGUCACCUUCCCCAACCCCCUCCAUCUCCCUCACCCCCAGACUGUUAGAACAGAGCAUCACUUUUUUUUUUACAGACAUGUCAACCUUUAUUUUUAAACCUGUGUGUCCUUCAGUCCUGAGGUCCUUCUCUUCUGUGAUGUAUUGCGCCACCUGCAGGACUUUUUCUUCUCGUUUUCGGGUGAAUUACAGGACUUAAGCCAAGAACCAUGCGCCGUCCCCAGGGGACAUCACGAACUUAAGUUCUUUCUCUCUUGUUGCCUGUUUAUCAGUAUUUUUCAUUUGUUUUUCUUUUUCAAGAAUCUGCUUUCUUGCCAACCAGUUAUGGAAAAAGUUAAUUAAAGCAAUAAACAGUUAAACUAACAAACUGAACUUGA